CGUUUUCACUCUGAACACAGUGUGGCAAUCAUUCGUUUCUUGUUCUUCAAAUUCUGUGAAAUUUUUAAUUAUCUCGUUUCUCCAUGUCCAUAUUACUUACUGUAUCCCCUUCCUCUAUUUUCCGAAAGAAUUGGACCGGGAAGGGAAUUAUAGGUGGUGGUAGCCAGUGAUCAAAGCUUACUCUGCCACUGCGGAAGUAUUUUUCUCCGUUCAAAAUUCACCAGUGUUAAACAUAUUACAUUUCAUACUAGACUAGACAUUCGGAUAUCGAUAGGCAAUCUAUUGCUCAAGAAAAAAGCACUAGAAAGAUUUUCAACGAAAAAUUGGUAAAAUUGUUAUUCAUUUUUAUUACAGCGUGAGAAUGAAGUGCAUAAAUUUGACAGUUGUAGUCGUGCUGAAUAUCCUACCUGCUGUUCUCGGGCAAUUUAAUUCUGGGGGACCAAACACUUUUAAUUAUGAUGCAUCAUCAGCAUGUAGCAAACCGUAUUCGCGUAGAGGAAGAGAGCAUUAUGAAAAACUUCCAUGUGAUUUUCGACGACAGAAUUGGUGUACAAUUGCUGGUAGCAAUUAUCCCUGGCAUGCUGUCAGACGAUUUGUCUAUGAAAACCAAGGACUAAUGCGACGAAUGUACGGAGAUGAAAAGCACAUAAAUGUGCUGAAGAAUGAGCUUAAAAAAAAUGACAUCGAAUUAGAAUAUGAAGACAACUAUCACAGAUACUUUGACGAUUUCCAACGAUCUAUGCAUGAUGAUCAAUAUGAAUUUGAGGGAUAUGAGAAGGAGAACAUUCAUGAAUAUCAAGCUCGGGCAUUUGCCAGUGAAUCACCGAAACAACGGCCAUACCCACGAUUCUCUUUCCAUCCAUCAGAAACAACUAUUACCAGUAGCACGACGUCUCAGACGUCACCUUCACCGACCGAAUUUCAUUUCCCAGGCUCGGAAUCAAUGGUGACAGAAACAACCUCAACAACUGUGGAAUCUUUAACAAAGUCUUCCAUUGAUGUGACUGAAACAAAAGAAAAAAUUAUUGGAAAAACGUCAACAAUAUCAGGGGUGACUUUGUCGGAAAUAGCUCACGUGAAAAAUGCGAGCUUUAAUGAAAUUCCUGGAGCCUUAAAAGCAGAUAAAGAAAAUAUUUCAACUAGCACAACAACAGAGUGGCCCAGUGAAGUAGAAGGAGUGCAUGUCGAAACUACUAUAGAGCAAAAUGGAACCACAAGACUACCAACUGUGUCUUCGAUAGACCCAAUUAACCAACUGUCUGGAGAGGAAAAUAAAAUGCAAUCAUCUGUGGAUGAGAAUCAACAACAAUUUCGACCGCGUCCGGAAUAUCAUUUACCUGAAGCUCAACUCGAUGGUACAAAUGUUGAGGGACAACUUUUUCAAGACUUUGUUGUUAAAGAUCAGCAAGAACAACCAGUUCUCAAACUUCGUGGAGUAAAUGCUUGUCCUGUGAAGGAUGAAGUAGUUGCCCCCUUCUGGGCGAACAAUACAAAGGGUGAAAUUCUUGCUUUACUCAAUCUCUACCCCUUCGAGCAAUUUCUUCAUUGGGAAAAAUGCACAGAUGAGAAUAAACAAAUGUAUUGUCGUGAGGGCUGUAAAUGCGAGCAACAAUACCGGCUGUACCGGCUUCUCGCUUAUGAUCCAAACAAUGAAUGUCGUGGCAUCUUCAGCGAUUGGUUUAAAUUCCCAAGCUGCUGUGUAUGUAGAUGUUACGAUCUUCCGAUUGAAUUCCGAGUGACAUCAAGAUCACCCCGGGCUCGUAAACAAACUCUCAAGAUACGUUCACCCAGCCGUCAAUGAUGUUCAUUUACUAAGGGAGAAUUAAAACGACAAAAAAAACGUUCAAGGCUAGUGAAUUGAAAAAAAAGCAAACAUUAAAAUAUUGCUACUGUUAUAUUUAUAUGCCACCCAUUGUUUAUUGAAAUAUAUCGUCUGAAAUAACACUAUAUACACUUGAAUAACUUAGCGACGAGUUUAUCAGAAUUUAUUUUUUACUUUAUCGCACAAACUUCCACACGUACUUCGUGGAACUAUUGAAUUAUUAGUUUGUUUCAUUCAUUCAGUGGUGUCUUCACUUGAUUUAUUUAUUUAUUCUUUGAAUUGUUGACGUUUUAUCAUGAAUCGGAAUAAAAUUCACAAGUAGAGAGUUGAGAUAUUUGGUAAACGAACCAUUACUGGAGAGAAUAUUAAAAGAUACUCAAUUAUUAUUUGGUUCGACGUUUGCCUUUUACUCAGCCAUAACUUGGUUUCUCAACUCCUACCAUAAUUUGAUAUGAUACGAUGAAAAGUUGAAGAUAUAUCUCAUUGAAAUUGUUGACGUUAUUCAUAUAAUAUCAAGUAGUACGAUUGUUACAUAUUAAAUAAUUAUCCUGAUAUGAAAUAGGGCUGUGGCGAAGUAUAUAAAAUUGAUGAGCACUUAUAGUUCUUAUUAAUCAUAUCAAUGAUGGACUAAUGAUAAAUAGGAAACCCAGCAUGACAGUGCUUUACUUAUUGCGAACUUUAAACAUCCAAUAUUUUCAUAAAAAAUAUAGAAGCUAGUUCAGAACAAUUUGCCAUUAUCUUAUGAAUUACGAAACAAUGUUCAUUAUUAAUGUAGUGUACAAUUAGAAAAUAUUUAAUCUCUCUUUCGUCUUGUAACAUUAACGAUUGAAAAUAGUUAACUUAUAAAUUGCAAUUGCCAUUUUAUCAUGAUCACAACGUUAUAUUUUGAGUGAGCAAGAACAUUUAUAUAUAAUACUGUGAGAGCCUGCUGCUGGUCCCUGCCAAUGUACAACGAAGAAAAAAAAAUGAAAUAAAUCCAAUUAAUGAACUCA